AUGGCUCCGGCGAUUGGCGGCGAUGGUGGCGGCGAGGCGGCCAGGCCGGCCAAGCGCGGACGACGAAGCAACCCCAAGGUCAAGACGGGAUGCUUGAACUGCAAGCAACGGCGCAUCAAGUGCGAUGAAAAGCGUCCGUCUUGUUCGCAAUGCAUCCGCAGCAAGAAGGAGUGCAGUGGCUAUCCGGCGCCCACUCGCGGGCCCCGGACUGCCGUCGAUGUCCGCAUUGCUCCAAAGCCCUUGGCUCCCUCCUCGACGGGGCUCCCGCAACUGCAGCCUACUCCCAGCAGCAUAGCGAGCGCCUCCACUUCAACCACUGCCAGCCUCUUGCUCACUGGCCAUACGAUUAUGCUGCCUCCUCGACGGGCCUAUCGCCGCAAACGCCAGACCAAGCCUGCCGCCUCCAAUGCCGCGAUGCCCUUUAUGUAUGAGCCGUCUCACAACUUGGCCCUCAUGCAUACCGAGAGUUUGUAUUUCGACCUGUUCCGCGUCCAGACGGCUUCCGAGCUGUCCGGGUACUUUGACUCGACCUUUUGGACAUCACGGGUUCUGCAGGAAUGCCACUUCGAACCGGCCAUUCGACAUGCCGUCGUCGCUCUUGGUGCCCUGUACAAGACUCUGGAACAGUCCUGCGAACCCGACCUGCCGCCGCUCGCUGGUGCCAUGAGCCGCCUGGACUCGGUCAUGUGUCACUGGCAGGUUGCCAUCAGAAAGUACUCGGAAGCCUGCAAGGCCAUGCUGCAUCUCAGCGGCGACAAGCUGGCAACCAACAAGACCCGGCUGAUGGCCAGCGUCCUAUUAGCCUGCUUCGACUCCUUCAUUGGCGAUCACCGCCAAGCCAUUGUCCAGAUACAGACCGGAUUGAGGCUUCUGGCUCGGAUUCAGUAUGAUCGGACACAGGCCCCUUAUUCCAAUGAACGGGUUGAGGAGGAUCUGCUGAUUAUCUUCACACGACUAGCCAUUCAAGCCAAGUCGUACGACAUGGCCUUCCACUUCCCCCAUCCCUACGUGAUCCAUCUAGGCCCUCAAAGCCUACAUGAUCCGUCAUCCCCCCUCUCAGACUCGGGUUCACCUCAGCCAUCCAGCCCCAUCCCGUAUAAGUUCUCAUCCUUACGAGAAGCUCGCCUGGCUUCGGAUCAGCUUUGUGAAAUGCUGCUGCGAUUCAUCGAACACUUGCAGCGCGCCAAGAAGGAACCUUCUUACACUUUACCCCCAUCCUGGAGGCAGCUCGGAGCCACAUUCCAGAGUCAAAUCGACUCAUGGUCACAGGCCUUCGAGCCCAUCUUCCAAUCAAGGCUCACGCAGCCCGGCAUGAGCCUCCUUGAAAAGUCGGGCAUCGCAGCGCUCAAGAUGUUCCAGGUCAACACCAACGUCAUCUUCCUCACCAUCUUCUGCGACGCCGAGGUCCAGUUCGACGCUUUCCUCUCCCACUUCAAGGCCAUUGUCAGCCUGGGCUGGGAAGUCGUCGGCGACGACGAGAAGCGAGCGGCCACCGAGCGAUGCCCCGAUCCGCGGCGGUGCAAGCAGCAGCACGGACACGCAAGGACCGGCGGGGAAGAAGGAGGACCGAGGGCGGGAAGAGACGCAUUCCCAACCCACAACAUCAAGCCCAGCUUCUCCGCAGACCUGGGCAUCGUGCCGCCGCUCUUCGUCGUGGCCACAAAGUGCCGCGAGCCGACCGUCCGGCGGGAGGCGAUCCAGCUGCUGAGGAGCAGUGCCCGGCGCGAGGGCAUGUGGGACAGCGAGCUGGCGGCCAACAUUGCCCAAUGGGUCAUGGAGAUUGAGGAGUCCGAGAACCCCUUUCCGGAGAUGCAGCAGCAGCAGCAGCCUUCGCACGGUCAUGGUGGCGCAGCCGCACAGGCCGUCGCGCUGCCCAGCCGGGCCAUUCCGGAGGAGAAGAGGGUCAUGGUCAAGUCGGUCGACUUUGAUUUGCGAGCGAGGUUUGCCGACGUGACCGUGGGCUCGAGGGACUUUCGCCAGGGGGUGCAGGAUCGACGACAUAGGGCGACGCGAAUCAGUUGGUGA